CAGUCACGCAACUGCAAUCUGUCUUUAAACAUGCCCGUAGUCAAGUCAAGUCUUAUUUGAACCUAGUAUACAGCGUGCAAUAAACCGUUAGCCGUGGCUACGUAGAAUCGCUGCUCAAUUUUGAGCUAUUGUCAGGAAUCGUUCAAUGCAAACUACUUACAACCUUCACGUGGCGUUCGUGGCGGUAAUAAUUCCGCCUAGAGAUAAGACUGAAAGUAGAAUCUUUCCGUCAGUGAUAUCGCAACCGUCGUUAUAUCAUGCCGAGAAUUCCGCCCGGAGUUUAGGUCCACUUCAAUAGUUUUUUCGGUUGUAGUUGAAUUAUCCCAAAUUUAGUCAAUUCAUUUAUAGGUUAACUAUUUGGCAACAGUUUGUCAAAAAUGCAGGCCCCUCUCGCUGUAUUUCUUGUCUUCUUAGGAUGUUGUACAAACGUUGUGUUUCUGGAGCUUUUGGUCAAAGAAGACCCUGGCAGUGGGAAUUUGAUUACCUUCUCGCAAUUUGCAUUUAUUGCUCUGGAAGGUUUCAUAUUCACUUCAAAGUUUGGAACGGUGAAACCAACCAUAGGAUUAAAGGACUACACGAUUUUAGUUUCCAUGUUCUUCGUUGUUAGUGUCUGUAACAAUUAUGCUUUUGACUUUAACAUACCGAUGCCCUUACACAUGAUAUUCAGAGCUGGUUCUCUGAUAGCAAACAUGAUCAUGGGAAUAAUAAUACUGAAGAAGAAAUAUGUAUUCAGCAAGUAUCUUUCAGUAUUCAUGAUAAGUUCGGGAAUAUUCUUAUGCACACUUAUCAGUGGCAAAGAAGUCAAAUCUACGCAGAUCGUCCGUCCGGACAGUUUACCAACCACUCCAUGGGAUGACUUUUUCUGGUGGAUUCUUGGCAUUACUCUGCUUACUGUAGCUCUCUUUAUAUCCGCUAGGAUGGGCAUUUACCAAGAAGUUUUGUACGUACGCUACGGAAAACACGCCAAAGAAGCCUUGUUUUAUACGCAUCUAUUGCCACUGCCCUUCUUUCUGACAUUGGUACCAAAUAUCUGGAAUCAUACUGUUCUGGCUGUUAAUUCGGAUCCUUUAGCGCUACCUCUCAUUGGCAUUUCAAUGCCCAAAACACUCGUAUACCUGAUAGGAAAUGUUCUGACACAGUACAUGUGCAUCAGCUCUGUUUACGUACUGACGACAGAGUGUACGUCGUUGACGGUGACGCUGGUGGUGACACUGAGGAAAUUUGUGUCGUUACUGUUUUCUAUAGUGUACUUCAAAAAUCCAUUCACGUUGUACCAUUGGAUCGGAACGACCCUGGUAUUCGUAGGAACGAUUAUAUUCACAGAAGUGAUUCCUAAAAUUCAGCAAGGCUUACGAGCACCGCCGAAAGGAGAAAAAGUACAAUAGUUGAGCAUAAAUAGGGUGGGGAAGUUCUGUGUGUCUUUGUUUAUUGAUUUAUAAAAAAGUUUCCUCUUAGCACUAUGAUAUAUGUGAACAAUGUGCAGUAUUUUUUCAAUUUUUUGUUUAUGACGGCCAUCGUAUUCCUCUGCUCUUCACGAUCCCAUCCAGGAUCUCGUAAUUAGCUAUACAAGUUGACACUUAUUUUUUUCAACCUAUUCACUUAUCAACUUGUGACGUGAGCUCCUCAUUUCCCCUGCAAAUUGAUAAACAAUAUUACCUAGUCUUCUCGUAAUAAACGCAUGUUUAUUUUAUCGCCACGUUAAUUAUUUGCAUAUGUCGAUCGUGGGGACAUGUGCACAGAUAUAUACAUCAAUUUCAACAAUUUAUAUUUUACUGCGUGUUUAAUAAACAUUCUAAGAAUGAAGAGGAAAAGUUAUAGACAAAAAUUUAGACGCACGCGUGUUAUCUGUUAUUUUGACCACAUGAUUUUUGAAAUCAACAUCGUGGUUCAAGAUUUCGUAUUUUUUACAUAUACGAUGUCAUUGUUAAUUGUAAAUUCAGACAAUAUAGAAUAAAAAUUAGAUAAUUGAAUUCUUUUUAUUUAAACUCGGUAGCUAUUUCAGGCUGACCUGAAAAAUUUAGAAACUGGAUUUGCUCAUGAAUUUUUUUUAAAUAAGUAUAGGAUGUACUUGUUUUUGUGACUAUUGAAAGGUAACCGUUAGUUACAUUUUUACUAGAACUGAUGUGAACAUCACUGUAAUGUAAUCACAAUACAACAUUACAUUUAUCAAAAAUUAGUAAAAUAUAAUAUAAAAUCCGUAUAUAAUGAAUUGGUGCACCGAUAAACUUCAAUUGUAGUCAUCGCACUAUCAAAGGAAAUAAAUUUUAUUAUAUACUCCAAAUUGUCGCUCUGAUAAAACUGGCAGCAUACAUUUUUUAUUGUAAAAUAGCUAAACAAAAAAGAAAAAAAAAAAAAACAGAUACUGGUAAUAACUAAACAAAUGAUCAUAGUAAUGUGAAUAUGUCACAUAUCACAGUACCGAUCUUGUACUUUUAACGAGAGUGUAUCUGAAAUUAAUAUAUUGUAAAUAAGAUAUUCAAUUACAAUCAUAUGAUUAUUAUAUCAACCAUCUCAAAUUUUUUCCCAAAACCCAAUGUAAUUCCUACAUAAUGUAAAACCACCCAAUGUUGUUUAAUAAAAUUAAAAAUUGUUAG